ACAGUUAGUUUCCGACUCUCGCGAGUAAAGGUUCAAAGUUCAACAUAGACCGACUUUACUGAAAUAACUGUUUUAAACUCCACUCGUUUGUGAACAUCGUGGUUGUUUUGGCUCAAGAAAAACUUCGGGAGGAAUUGAAGAUGUGAUAUUCAGAGCCGCUGGAAAAAAUUCGCAAAGUGCCAACCCAACAAUGGCAAAAGUGUUUAGUGUCAAGUUCAUUGUUAUGGUCAGCCUUCAACUACAUAUGAUGAAUUAUAAAGGUGUUCACUGCCUUCAAAGAUUUGAAAAGCAGCCUUCAUAUUCGGAAGUUAAUCCUGGGGAAGAUAUCAAGCUAGACUGCAUUAUCAUAAGUAAGAAAGGAAGUUGCUCGUGGCAAAAGGACAAUAAGCCAGUGGGCAUCUACCUGAAGAAGUACGAGUGGGCAGCUAAGAACGAGGAGGAGGGGGACUGCUCGCUGUGGAUCAGGGCGGCGACGCUGGAGUUCGACGACGGUCAAUGGGAGUGCCAGGUCACCGCUUCCGACUUCACCACCCAGGAUGCACUCACUUCAACCCCUGUGCGCCUUGUUGUCAGAGUUGCGCCGGAACGACCCCGCAUCGAGUUCCGCGGCAGUCAACUGCAGCCAGGCUCUAACCUGACGGCAGGCGCGGGUGAUAGGGCGGCCAUCAAGUGCCUGAGCCGACACGGCAACCCGCCGCCGAGGCUUGAGUGGUACCUCGACAAGGAGCAGGUCACCUCAGCCAGUCGCAGCGAGUCGGUGCCGGAGACCGACAACCGGCGCACCUGGCUGACGACCAGUCUGCUGGACUUGCCGCUUGACAAGCACCACCACGACAACACGCUCUACUGUGUAGCCGUGCACGAGUCCUACCCGACCAAGUCGCAGUACGUCAAGGCGCGGCUCGAUGUCACAUAUCCGCCAGAUGUGAAACUAAUCGGAGUUCCUGAGACGGACGUGGAGGAGGGUGAUACGGUUGUACUGAAGUGCGAAACAGAUGCAAAUCCUGUUGCUUCUGUUGUGUGGCGAAGAGCAGGAAGCCUGGAUGUGGCGAGUCUUGAGGAGAGCCUCCAGUUCAGACCCAUCACGAGGAAAGAUUCUGGUACUUACACGUGCCAGGCCCGCAAUGUCCUCGGAUCGAGUGAACCAAUGACUGUGCAACUCGAUGUUAAAUACGCGCCGACAAUCAGCAGCGUGGGUCGCGACAAGAUGACGACGGCGACGCUGUUCUCACCGGUUACUCUAGCCUGCGAGGCGGACGCUAACCCGACGCCCAACUACCAGUGGCUGCAGCGACUUCCUGCAUCCGCGUCCGCAUCUGCGUCCGAUUCAGUGCUGGUUCGCAGCACCGACCAGAUGCUGAUCCUGCGCAACGUCACCUACGAGCAUCAGGGCGAGUACGUGUGUCGAGUCACCAACACCAUCGCCGGCACACAUCGCACGGCGCAGAGUGAAGCUGUCUCCAUCCAGGUCGUCGGUGCACCUCAAAUACUGCGCGAAGGAGGCGAAGAGGUGAUAGCAGCAAAGGGUUCGGAUGCCACCCUUCGAAUGGUGGUCUGUGCUGAUCCACGACCUGAAACUGUGUCGUGGGAAUGGGAGAGCAACCAGGUCAAAGCUGGGGACUCCACUGGGAGGUAUCAGGCGCAUGAGUUGAAAAAGGAUGGCAGAGAAGAUUGCUUUGAAUCGAGACUACAAGUCGGAGAAGUGGAGCCAGCUGAUGCGAGGAACUAUGAUUUGCUUGUAAAAAGUGACAGAGGCUUCGAUAGGCAUUCUCUUCGCCUGGUUGUUCAUGAGCCUGUAUCAAUGAUGACACUGAUCUUCUCGGCAACGGGGUGUCUCCUCAUCUCCUUUCUAUGUAUAUUCUGCGCAAUCCAUUGGUCUCGAUCAGAUAAACGGAGAUUUCUUGGUGAGUUCCCUACUUAAUCUGGGAUCAGAGAUCCUUUUCUUGUAACUUUUUCUAUGACUUAUCACUUUUUCAUCAAAGUAUAAGACAGCAUAUAGUGAGAUUGGUGCAUGUUAUUAUAUCAGUGGAAAUAAUAGGACAAAAUUACUUAAUCUUUCUUCAAGCAACUUUUUUAUAUUUUCUCGAUUCAGUUUUGUUUUUACUUCAAAUAUUAAUAGUAUCAUACUUUUGAUGUGAAUGAGGUUUGUUUUGGCAUGAAGCUGUGAACAUCUUUUAUGUUGUAUUAUUAUUUUCAUGUAAUUUAUUCUCAAUAAAAAUAAAUAGAAGGGUCGCCUAUUCUCUGAGUCACCAGUGCUUUCUAUAGAUGAUAGAUGAUUCCAGUAUAUCUGAUGUAAUAUUUAUCCAUAGCCAAAAAACGAUUUGGCAACAAAAAAGGUUUGGCGGUAUAUAGAGGAGGAAAGAUCUAUCUGCUUUGUCUAAUGACAGACAAGGAUAGCAAAACAAUGUUGAGCAGGUGUUGACUUGAUAACGUAAAUGUCAAUCUAUAUAGGCUAGUUAACAUCAUUAAAAAAUCAUAGCUGUCUUGAAAUUUUAUUUGCUAGAAAUCAAUAAGUAAAUUAUUACUUUGUGAGAUACCACUUUGAUAUCUCCACUCAACAUCUUAAUUAUAAGAUCACCACCUCACUGGCUAUUUUUUGAUAUAAGAUACCGUAAUUGAAAAGGUUAUAAGUGACUUAUAGCCUACCGUAUCUAAUUUGAGGAGGUUACCUAUGAUUUACAAUGUGCAAUGUGUUGUAGAUUUGGGAAAUCAUCAAUUAACUUUUUAUGUGUGCUGUGUGGUUUGUAUGUAACUUAAGUGCUUAACACCUUGACAAUUUCAUUUGAAAUAAUCAUUGCUGAACGAUUUCAUGGAUA